AUGGGAAACGGGCCGCUGGAGCGAAAGCUCCAGUUUGAGAAGAAGAACCAAGACCUCGUGAAGCUGCCCAAAUAUGCCAACGUUGAGAAGCGCCCAAUCCCCCAUGCCCCGGUCGCGUCUCCAUACGCGGGCCCCUCCGUUCCCAAGAUUGUCUACGUCUCCAGCGGCUCGCCUUUUAUGAGCGCCGUCAAACGCGUACAGAAAUUGCUCCGCCAUGCCGAGAAGCGCGCCACGGCUAAUAUUAGCCUCGAGGAUACGCGCAAAUCAGAGAAGCAGAAGCUUGCUGAGCUGGCACAAACAGCAGAGAAACGGGAGGAGGUUUUUGUCAAAGCCACCGGACGUGCAAUUGAGAAGGCGCUCAGUGUGGGCAAAUGGUUCGAGGAAAAGGAAUCGGAGUACACAGUUCGUGUGAAUACCGGGAGCGUGCUCGUCGUCGAUGACGUGGUCGAGGACGAAGAAAAGAAGGAACGAGAAAUGCAGAAGCAGGGACGCGUUGGGGGACGGAACACAGAUGGUGAGGAUGGCCCACAUGCUCAAGACUCGAAAGACGAGAGUGUGCCUGGAAAGCAGCAGCCAUCAACCAGCAAAGCUGCUGCCAAGAAAAGAAAACGCCAGGUCACUGUGGCCUCUGAAGAUAGCGAGCUUCCCGAAACUCGAACUCGAUGGAUAAAAAUGGUCGAGAUAGCCGUGAGCCUCAAGUGA